AUGAGACUAUUGUCAGUUUGUGCUAUUGCUUUGCUGACCGCACAGGCAGCAGGGGCUUCCAUUAAGCACAAGCUCAAUGGUUUCACCAUCACAGAACAUUCGGAUCCAGUGCAGCGGGAUUUGAUGCAGAAACAUGUUACAUGGGACGAGAAAUCUCUCUUCAUCAAUGGAGAGCGGAUUAUGAUUUUCAGUGGCGAAGUUCAUUUGUUUAGACUUCCAGUGCCCUCACUCUGGAUUGAUCUCUUCCAGAAAAUCAAGGCCCUUGGCUUUAACACCGCCUCAGUCUAUUUUGAUUGGGCACUGCUGGAAGGAAAGCCAGGCGACUAUAGAGCAGAUGGGAUUUUUUCCCCGGAGCCCUUCUUCGAUGCUGCGAAAGAAGCUGGAAUUUAUAUCAUUGUUCGUCCGGGUCCAUAUAUCAAUGCAGAAGUCUCUGGCGGUGGUUUUCCUGGCUGGUUGCAGCGGGUCAAUGGCACCCUUCGGACCCCCGACAAGGCCUACUUGGAGGCUACCGAUAAUUAUAUAGCCAAUAUUGGCGCUACCAUUGCUAAAGCUCAGAUCACGAAUGGGGGACCGGUGAUUCUCUAUCAACCUGAAAAUGAAUAUAGCCAGGCAUGUUGCGGUGUGAAAUUUCCUGACGGAGAAUACUUCCAGUAUGUCAUUGACCAGGCCCGCAAGGCGGGCAUCGUUGUCCCCAUGAUUAGCAACGAUGCCUUUGCCGGAGGGCACAAUGCUCCGGGCACUGGAAUAGGCGAGGUGGAUAUCUAUGGUCAUGACAGUUACCCACUUCAAUUCGACUGCGCCAACCCAACCGUAUGGCCUGAAGGUGCCCUACCGACUGGUUGGUAUGCAACCCAUCUCGAGCAGAGCCCAUCAACGCCAUAUUCAAUUCUAGAGUUCCAAGCUGGUGCAUAUGAUCCAUGGGGAGGACCAGGCCUUGCCGCCUGCGCCGCUCUUGUGAACCAUGAAUUUGAAAGAGUAUUCUAUAAAAAUGAUCUAAGCUUUGGGGUUGCUAUUCUGAACUUAUAUAUGAUGUUUGGUGGAACCAACUGGGGAAACCUCGGACAUCCUGGAGGUUAUACAUCCUAUGACUAUGGUUCGCCACUAACGGAGAGUCGCAAUAUCACCAGAGAAAAGUACAGUGAACUCAAGCUGAUUGGCAAUUUUAUGAAAUCAUCCCCGUCGUACCUGCUGGCCACUCCAGGGAACCUCACGACUGGAGUCUACACGGACACUGCUGCUGUGGCCGUGACUCCCUUGAUCGGCGAUGGCACGGGGUCGUAUUUUGUGGUCAGACAUACUGAUUACCGUAGCCAGCAGUCUGUCUCGUACAGGCUGAGGCUCCCGACUAGUGCUGGCACUCUGACCGUUCCUCAGCUCGAUGGGACCCUUACUCUUAGUGGGCGGGAUUCCAAGGUGCACGUUGUUGAUUACAACGUUUCUGGCAUCAACGUCCUCUACUCGACGGCCGAAGUUUUCACCUGGAAGAAAUUCGGCAACACCAAAACCCUACUUUUGUACGGCGGGCCUGAGGAGCACCAUGAACUGGCUGUGUCGGGCCGAUCAGAUGUAAAGGUGAUCGAAGGACCCCAGUCAGGAAUCGCCUCGAAGCAGAUCGGAAAGGCAACUGUGAUUGGCUGGGACGUAUCAUCUACUCGUCGCAUCGUCCAGGUUGGCGACUUGCGCGUGUUCCUUCUUGACAGGAACUCGGCUUAUGACUACUGGGUGCCCCAGCUUCCUGCAGAGGGCACGUCCCCAGGCUACAGCACACAGAAGAACAUUGCUUCGUCUAUCAUCGUCAAGGCAGGAUACAUCGUUCGAACGGCUUACCUCAAGGGCAGCGAUCUUCACCUGACGGCCGAUUUCAAUGCCACCACAACGGUUGAGGUGAUUGGAGCACCUAGCAAUGCGAAGAACCUGUUCAUCAACGGAAAGAAAACAAACAAAUCAGUGGACAAGAACGGCAUCUGGUCCACGGAGGUCAAGUACGACGCCCCUAAGAUUGCGCUCCCAACCCUCAAGGACUUGGAUUGGAAAUAUUUGGAUACUCUACCAGAGCUCCAGUCGUCCUAUGACGACUCUACCUGGCCUGCGGCGGACUUGAAGACCAAGAAUACAUAUCGUCCGCUCGAUACGCCGACGUCGCUCUACUCGUCGGAUUAUGGCUUCCACACAGGGUAUCUCGUGUAUCGCGGCCAGUUUGUAGCCAACGGCGACGAAAGUGAAUUCUUCAUCCAGACGCAGGGGGGGUCAGCCUUUGGAAGCGCUGUAUGGCUGAAUGGGACACAUUUGGGCUCCUGGGCCGGGCUUAACAAGUACAAAGACUACAACGCAACGUAUAAAAUGCCUAAACUGGAGCCCGGCAAGUCGUAUGUGAUCAUCGUCGUCGUGGACACUAUGGGUCUGGACGAGGAUUGGACCGUUGGCACAGACGAGAUGAAGAACCCGCGCGGGAUCCUCAACUACAAGCUUUCCGGGCACGAUGCCGUAGAUGUCACCUGGAAGCUGACGGGCAACCUGGGAGGCGAGGACUACGUGGACAAGACGCGAGGGCCGCUGAACGAAGGCGGACUCUACGCCGAGCGUCAAGGCUACCACCUGCCGCAGCCGCCCAGCAAGGGGUGGAAAUCCGGCAGUCCGUUCGACGGUUUUUCGAAACCCGGAAUCGGGUUCUAUUCCGCUGCGUUCGAUCUCGACAUCCCUAGGGGCUGGGACGUGCCGCUGUACUUCAACUUUGCUAACAGCACGGCUCCGGCCUACCGGGUGCAGCUCUACGUCAACGGAUACCAGUACGGCAAAUACAUCAGCAACAUCGGACCACAGACCAGCUAUCCGGUUCCAGAGGGGAUCCUGAACUACCGCGGGACCAACUGGAUCGCCGUGAGUCUAUGGGCGAUGGAGUCGGAGGGGGCAAAGUUGGAUAUAGAGAUGGCUAAGACGACGCCGGUGCUGACAGGGAUGGACGAGAUCAAAGCGGCAGAGCAGCCCAAGUACCAGGCUCGGGGAGGAUAUUAA